UGUGUUGUACAUUAAUCAGAAAACAGAUUGGCUUACUACCCUUCUGGAAAAUGACUUCUUUGGUCUUUACUUUGAUCACCAAGACCUAAGAAAAAAAUGAAAAAAAUGUGUUCCGCAUCAACUGUUGUCUCGAGUUUUGCCGGCAUUGCAAGGCUCAUAGCCAGCACCAGUCGCUUCAGAUCUGCAAAUACGUAUACCAAGAUGUCGUUCGCCUUCAAGAAAUGCAGAAGCAUCUCAACUGUUCGAAAAUUCAGGUUUUCCAUACCUCCACUACUCUUGAGGUUUGAAGUUUUCAUGAUAAUGAGAUACAAAGUCAAUGGUGAAAAGGCUGUACAUUUGAAUCCAAGGCCUCAACCCAAAGGCGCCAAACCAUCAACGAAAUCGAAAUCCGGUUCAGCCUGUGAAGCUUGCGGAAGAUACCUUGAAGACCCACCUAAUCGUUUUUGUUCCAUUGCAUGCAAGGUAUCAGCUGUUGAUGUGAAGCCUAAUGGCCAAAGCCAUAAAAUGGGAUUACAAAUACAGGAAAUUCAGAAUCUUUCAUUAAAAGAAAAUCAAAAUUCCGGAUCAAGUUCGGAGGGAAAGGAAUCGACGCUCUCGUCGACGGAUCUUUCGGAAGAGAAGACCAAAACACGAGUGACCGAAAGUUUAAAGCCUCAAAAACAGUUGAACAAGAGGAAAGACACUCCUCAAAGGUCUCCCUUCAGCUAAUACUCAAAACAAAAGUUACUUGAAAAGAAAAGAUGCUACAUUUCAAUGGAGUUUGAAGAAGAUUAGUCCCGACCAUUGUCAUGAUCUUAGAAAGUGCAUUAAUUUUCUUGAGAUUGUACAGCAUAUACAAAGGGGAGAAAAUAUGGGAAGCCAGCAGUGUUUUGAAAUGGAUUUUGAGCUU